AGCGCGCUUUUGAUGCGUGGACAAGUUUAGAUGAACGUGAUAAAAGGACCUUUCCGUUGAACAAAGGACCAACGCCGAAAGUAGUGCGAUUUUUGAAGCGUACGUGGUGCAACGGGCUAGCGUCAUAAACGGCGAUGAACAGUGCAAGAACUCGAAAAAAAGAAUCAAUGAAGAAGAUCUAAAAGUAGGAAAGAAGUAAUUGCAGUAUCAUCAUACUGAAAAGCAAAAUCGUUUAAUCAAGAAAAGUGAGCAAAACAAAUUAGAAUGUCUCAUCAUAGAGACAACAUGCAGUCACACACUGUUGAAAUCGCGCUCUUCAUCACCCACAUCGAGAGUGACCGGGAUUGCUUGAAAAUCUGGGCCCAGCAGGAUACCCAUGCUGCCACAUGUGUGGACCGUUUCAUUCGCCCACUGGUUGAGCAAUUUUCUCAAGGUUAUGGCUGUCCUUCCAAAUCUAAUCCACCAAUCAUUGGUGCUCUGUGCUGCAGUAGAUUUAGAAACGAUGGCUAUUAUCGGGCAAAGAUAAUCGAUGUGCGUCGUGAUAGUAUGAUAGCUGUGCAAUUCAUUGAUUAUGGCAAUAUAGAAAUUGUGUCACCAAACCAUGUACAUUUGCUGAACAAUAUACCUGGGUCAGAACCUCUAUUGACUUACCCAGCAUUGGCUGCUGACUUUAUAUUGCUUAAUGUAUUGCCUGUAAAUGGUGUUUGGGAAAAUCAAAUAAUAGAGACAAUCAAAAGUAUCCUGUGUUACAAUGAAUAUAGAGUUCUGGUGAAUAAUGUAGCAAAUAAUCGUUUGAUCGUGAAACUGUGGUACAAUAAUGAAGACUUCAGCAAUCUAUUGGUCAAACGCAACUUAGCCUUACCAGCUAAUAUGCAAGACACUUGCAGAAUAAAGUCUUUUCCACAACCAGAGAUGCUACAAGCACCAGUGUAUCAGCAACAGAAUGAAGGCAACAUGAAUAAUUUUGCAUCAAUGAUGCAGAAUGCAAACAUGAAUCAGAAUACUAAUAUGCAAGCAAUGUACCGCAAGACUCCUCCUGGUGUAACUCAACCCAAAUACAUUGCUUCUCAACUAUCGCCACCAACAACUGUUCAAGAAGCACUUGUAUUUAAAUCUCGAGUUUUGGAUGUAGGUACCAUGCACGAAGUAUUGGUAUCAUGCGUGGAAGACGGCCCGCAGAAGUUCUCCGUGCAAGUUCAAAGUACGACGGAAAUACUGACCCAUCUUAUGAAAGAGAUAAACAACCGUCCAAAGAAACCAUUGCAAGAACCGCCAUUGCCAGGAUCGGUUUGUCUGGGAUACACGGAGGGUAGAAUACUAUGCAGAGCGGUCGUAAUGUCCGUAAUGGAACACAAGUGCAAACUAUAUUACGUCGAUUUCGGUCACACGGAGGUUUUACCGUACACAGACAUCUUUCAAUUACCCCCCGAAUUCAUCAAUCCCAAAGUUCUUUCCAUUAGAUUCACGUUGAGUGGCCUAAAAGAACUGAACAUUACGCAAGAGAUGAAAGACUAUUUUAAAAAAUUAGUGUCAAGAAAGUUACUCUAUUUACAAGUCCGUCCACCGGAAGGGCCACCUUUGAUCCAAUAUGGUGAUCUUUAUGAUAAUGGCGUUAAUAUAAAGGACAUGCUCAAGAAAGCAUUUCCAGUACCAGCUGCAGUCCCAAUAACAUAUUCUUAUCCGCAAUUACGACGAUUGCCGAAGGAUGUUCAGGAAAUUGUGCAAGUUUCAUUCGUGGAAUCAUGUCAAAAAUUUUUCGUGCAACUUCUUAGUGGAGAAAAAUCUCUCCAAUCAAUAAUGGCUGGCCUGGCACAAUAUGCUAAAACCGCAUCUGCUUUUAACAUAUCACAAUUAAAAGCUGGAUUACCCUGUGCUGCAUUAUAUGAAUCAGAAUGGUAUCGUGCACAAAUUGUUAGCGUUAAUGGAAAUGAAGUCAGAGUAGUGUAUGUUGACUAUGGAAACGAGGAGACACUGUCCAUAAUGUCACUACGUACGAUACAUGAUGAUUUAGUGACAAAAUUGCCGGCACAAGCUAUAAAGUGUGCAUUGAAUGGCUAUGAAGUACUCUCGCCAGAUCAAGAGGUUAUUAAUCAUUUUGAAACAUUGACAUACGAGAAAAAUUUCUUCAUGAAAGUAGUCGCUUCACAGCCCAACAAUCUAUUAGUUGAUUUAUUUGAGUUAGAUACAAUGAGGAGCAUUCAUCCUCAGCUAUUUAACAAUCCAUUUUGCGACAAGACAGCGGAAAACUCUACAAGUUCGCAAAAUGGAGAAAUUCAACAUGCAAAGACAUCUAAUUCACAUGAUAUUCAGAGGUGCAAUUUAUUGCAUCACAGGUCUGGUACGAAUGUUCAAGCAAAUUUGGCUCACCGACUGAGAUUAAAACUGAAAAAUAUUAACACCGCACGUGAUGAUAAAGACAAGUAUAACAAAAAAAGUAAUGCAGAUUCUUGGAAUCGUAAUCAGAAUGCCAAGUUCUCCCAAGAGAACAGACCAAAGGUUUGGAAAGAAAAACAGACUGUAAAUAGUGAAUGGUCUACAGAGAAACAAUAUGAUAACAGACGUGAGCGAAGCGCUUCUCAUUUCCAACGUGAUAAUUCGCAGAAUGACCGUUUCGUCAAAGACGAAACCACAAACAGAUCAGGAAGAUCGUAUAACAAAUAUGAUAGAACUGAAAUGGAUACUCCUAACAAAAAUAGUAGAGAAGGCUUUCGAAGUGAUAAAAACAGAUUUCCCAUAAACGAGUCAAGAUUUAAUCGUAACAAUUCUAACGAUAAAACAUUGAGCGACAAAGAUUCUGAUACUUCGUCCAAAAGUAACGAUAAUCGUGGAAAAGGUUUUAAUCGUAAUGCUCGAGGAGAAAAGCGUGACAACGGAGCAUCUACCAGACUGCAAACUACAAAAUGGAACGAUAGAAACAACGAUAGGCCUAGUCAUGAUAGAAGUGGAAGAGUCAACGGUAAUUAUACCAUGGGCGGCAAUAAUUUCAAAAAUAAAGAGAAUAAUGCAAACAACAUCUCGUAUAAUCAGGUAAAUAAUAACGAAUCUUGGGAUUCAAAUAAUGCUAGUACAAAACUACAAAGCAAAGUUGCAGCUAAUAAAGGAUCUCAAUUUGCAUCGAUGAAUAUUACUUUAGGGACUGUGAAGAAUUGUGAAAUAGUAUUUACUAAUAGCCCGUCAGAUUUCUUUAUUCAGUUAAGUCCUGAAUGUUUGGAAUUAGAAUCAAUUAUGGACAGUAUUGCCGAAACUUACGAAAAAGAUGGAGAAACGAUGCAAGCUUUCAAAAUAAAAUGUGGCACGUGUUGCGUUGCUCAAUACGAGGAGGAUUUGAAGUGGUAUAGAGCGAUGAUUCAGUCUGUAGAGGGAAAUAACGCAACUGUGAAGUUUAUUGAUUAUGGCAACAGUGAGUUGGUCAAUUUUAUAAAAAUCAAAGUCAUUCAAGAAGAAUUUGUAAAACUACCGAUGCAGGCGGUACAAUGUAAAUUGCUUGGGUUGGCGGACAAUAAAGAAGUGGAAUAUGCGACUUUCGUGGAAAAAACUGAAGGAAAAUCGUUGGAAGUGGAAUUUAUCACCGAAGAAAAUGGGAUAUAUGAAGUACUACUGCGCGAGAUAGUCGAAGGUGUGUCAAACACUUGUUACAUAAACGAAGAAUUUUGCACAAGCGCAGAUUUAACAAAGGUGAAAGAGACUGCGUUGAAUAAAAGAAAACCUAAUACAACGAGAAAAGUACAUGUAGUUUCCGAUUAUGCUCCUCUCGAUUCGAAGUGGCAAACUGCUUUAUAUGAACCUGAAUCUAAACAUGAUGUAAUUGUUACAUGGUUUAUAAAUCCUAAUAAAUUUUAUUGCCAAACAUUGGCUCAAGAAACAGAAUUCAAGACGAUGAUGAAUGAGAUUCAAAAGACAUAUGCAAGCAGAGAACCUAUAAAGAAUAAACUAGAGGUUGGUUCACCGAUCAUCGCAAUAUUUUCCGAGGAUAAAGCUCUUUAUCGAGCGGAAGUUGUAAGCAACAGUGCACAAAAGGGAUAUAUAGUUCAAUAUAUAGAUUUUGGAAAUUGUGCGACCGUAAAACAGCACAAUAUUUAUCCCGUAGAAAAGAGGUUCAUGCAAUUACCUAUGUUAGCAGCACAAUGUACCUUGAAAAACAUUAUACCCAAUAAGAAUUUGAACUGGUCUGAUGUUAACAACGAUGCACUCGAUAAAUGUUUCGAUGGUGAUAAGUACGAAUGUACCUUCCAUAGUCUUGAUGAUGAUCAAUACACGAUUUCACUGAACUACAAUGGACAAGACGUAGGUGGAACAUUAGUAAAGAAAAAUCUUGCAGUCUUUGCUGAAGAACUUCAAUCAACAGAAGCAAUAACUUCAACUGAAGCAGCUAGUGUAGCUCCAGAUACAUCUAAUGUAAAAGUAACGACGCUCCAUGAAAUAGAACGAGUAGAUAUAAGUCUCUUGAGCGGCCAAACACUAAAAAUGAAAGUUUCUAGUGUAGAAAGUACAAACCGUUUUCACGUUCAGCUUCCAUCAGCUUCAAAAUGUGAACAUAUCGUCGAAAAAUACAUGGCAGACAAAAAUGCAGAGGUGAUGCCGCGACUAUCAAGCCGCGAGAUGUGUCUUGGCGCGGGUUGUCUAGUCAAUGCAAAUGGAACAUGGAGACGAGCAGUAGUGAUUAACAGUUCGCGCCUCGUCGGAUCAUAUGACGUAAAGCUCAUUGAUACCGGGGCGUACGAUGAAAUCCUGGAUGAUGCUCUGACUCUACCUGGAGCACUCGCAGUUAUGCAGAAGCAAGCGUUGGAAUGCUCUCUGCAAAAUGUGCAAGCAUCGCCCGACGCAGAUAAACAACUGAAGAGACUGAUUGAAGGAAAGGAAGUUCUUGUUUAUGUCGCAGAAAUCAACGAUAGUAGACUCAUUGUAAAACUGUACGACCUCCAUGGCUGCGGUAUAAUGAAUAUCAGCGAGAGCGAUAAAAAGAUCUCAACUGUUUGUCCGAUGCCUAUACUAAGUUCCACUCAUAAAGUGUCUGUAUCGUGUGCUCAAAUAUUAGAGGAUAAUUCGAUCAGUAUCUGGUUGCAACGAUAUUCUGACUAUGAAGCCGACAUCAAGUUAUUGACAGAUCUUGAACGGUACUACUCCAAUUCCGGACAAAGACUAAAACCAGAACCGGAUCUCUUGUGUGCAGUUAAAAGUACAGACGAUCGUUGGUAUAGAGGAAAGAUUGUCAGCUGCACCGAAACGACGGCCUACGUUCAUUACAUCGACAUAGGCAAUACGGAACAGGUCGCGUUUGAGUCUAUCAUGGUUUUGGAACCACAGUUUUAUGAACCACAUCAAUUAGCGGUAAAUGCAUCGUUAUCUUUGGUCCUUGUGGGUACUGAAGCUGAGCAAAUAAACGUACUGCAGACUCAUCUAAUAAACAAAGAACUUAUGGCUGUCUUCUAUAACGUGCGCAACAAAUGGAUCGUCGACUUGACCGAGAAUAAUGAAAAGCUCAGUGAUAGAUUCCGUUCGUUGAAUCUAAUAAAAGAGGAAGAAAUAACUCCGCAAUCGGUGUCCCAGACACAAGAAACGCCGACAACUGGACAAUUUGAUGUAUACGUGUCUCACGUCGAUUCUCCGAAUCAAUUCUGGUUACAACGAGUAAACGAAAACGCAGCCCUCACCGAGAUCCAAGAUAAACUUCAGCUGGAAGUUACUAAUUUCCCGGCGAUAGACAGUAUACCGGAAGAGGGCACUUUAUGCGCCGCUAUUUACUUAUUCGACGAAAACUGGUAUCGCGCAGAGGUGUUGGACGCAGAUGAGGACAUCACGACCGUUCGUUUCAUAGACUAUGGCAAUACCGAUGUAAUCGAUAAGGCUGGUCACAUUCGACAAUUGCCAGACACCUGGAAAAAUAUCAAAGGAUACGCAGUCAAGUGUAAGCUCGACGUCAUUCCAGUAGGUACGGAGGAUUGGAGCCAAGCAACUUGCGACAGGUUCGGGGAAUUGGUGAUGUCAGUUGAUACUCUCCAGGCUACAAUAGUGGCGGACACCAUGCCAAAACGCGUAGAACUCUUCAUAGACAACAAGAGCGUUAGCGAGAUAUUGGUCGAAGAGAAACACGCUAUUAUAGUUAGUCCCGAGCAAGCUGAACUUGUGGACGAGGAGAUAGUCGACAUUGAGUUGGAUCCACAUUCCGCCUUUGUAUCCCACAUUAAUUCACCAAGCGAGUUCUGGGUUCAAGAAGAGAAAUCAGUUGCCGAUUUGGAAGUGAUGACUGACAGAUUUAUGGUAGCGGAUAUGUUUCCGAAAAUAGAUGUCGUGGAGGAAGGCUUAUUGUGCGUUGCCAAAUAUCCCGAAGACUCGCAGUGGUACAGGGCGCGCGUGCUAUCAAACGACGACAACGGAACCCAAGUCAUAUUCGUAGACUAUGGAAAUUCCUCCGUGUCUACUGAGAUUCGUGCUCUUCCAGAAGAUCUAGCGGACGUACCGUCUCUGUCACGAAAAUGUUCCUUAGAGCUACCAUCGCACGUGGAGAAGUGGUCGGAAGAAGCUUGCAAUAAGUUUAUUGAAUUAGCCGCAGAAGGUGCAACAAUCUUCAUUUUGGACGUAAUAAAAGAGCAAGAGACGUCAAUAGUGAAGCUGACAUUGGACAACGAGAACAUAGCUGACAUCCUGGCGAGCUUGUGCGAACAACAUUCGCCAGUUAUCGAGGAGAGGCUACCGCCACUCGGCGAAGAAAACUCGCCGAAUGUGGUGGUCAGUCACAUUAACAGCCCAGAUGAGUUCUGGAUCCAAGCGGAGAGCAGCAUAAACGAACUGGAGGUAAUGUCAUAUCGUCUACGAGAUGCACAGAGUUUUGUCACGCUGAAUUCAUUCGACGUCGGUACGGUUUGCGCCGCUCUAUAUCCCGAAGAUGAAUGUUGGUACAGAGCAAAGGUACUCGCGUGCUGUGAAGAGAGCACAGAAGUUCUUUAUAUGGACUACGGCAAUUCUGCGGUUACGGAUGAGCUGCGAGUGUUACCACAGGAUAUUGUUAAUAUUCCCAGUCUGUCAAAACGAUGCUCCCUGGAGAAACCCCAUGACGUAGCUGUAUGGAGUGAACGAGCUUGCGACAAGUUUAAAGAACUUGCCGCCGAAGGAGCAACGAUGUUCCAGUUCGAGACUCUUGAUAAGAACGAUCCGAUGCAGGUUCGAUUGAGUUUGAAUGGAACGAAUGUCGUUGAGCUUCUACAAGCCGAAUGCGAGAACAUCCCGGAAGUUGAAGUGAUGAUCGAAGAUGAAGCUGAGAAUACUGUUUCCACUACAGAAAAUCAAGUUGAAGUAGUCGCUAACGAAACAGUUUUCCAGGAGGAUCAUCUGAUUGAAAAGACUUCAGAUCUCGAGCAUAAGUUGGAGAACGUAAUUGAUGACGAUGUGAUUAAUAAAUCGUUUGGUGACUCUAAUAUAGGUGAGGAUUUCUCCAAAGAACAACAAGAGCAUAUGAUGACUUGUGACAAAAACGAGAAGGCCAACGAAGAAUUUGAAGUAAUGACACCUGAACAAACCUCAGAAGUAAACAAAGUGUCAGAAUAUUUCGAUACAAACGCAACGUCUCUUAAAGAAUCCACGUCCAUUGUAACAGACCUUAGUAUCGACGAUAUAAUUAAUAAUAUGGUAAAAGACACUACUGAAGAUGCAGUUUUGCAAGAAAUUAAUGAUGUAAACUUGCCAGUUACUAAUGAAUCACAGUUUGUCGUUCAAGAUGACAUUAAUGAACAGCAAGAGCUUGCUACUCAAGUAGAAUCUAUAGAUAUAAAUAAGCCAUCAGAUUUAUUAGUUGCUAGUGAAAAACAACUGCUGAUUACUCAAGAUGACGUCAACGAACAGCAAUUAAGUUCUAAAAUAGAACCUAUAGAUAUAAACGAAUCUUCAGAUGUUUCACUUCAGAAGUCAACAAUUGUAAGUGAAAGAAUAUCAAUAAAUAUAACAGAGAAUGUUACUGAGAAUUCAAAUUCGGAAAAGACUUUAUUAGUAACGAAUAAAUCACAGGAUGUGCCAAUUGAUGUUGAUCAAAUGGAGAAACAAGAAGCACAAUCCGAAGCACAGCUUAAUAUAAACGAAUCUUUAGAACGCCAAACUGUGAAUACAACGUUUGACGAUCCCAAUAUCCGCUGUUUGUCACCGAAAGAACAACAUAUAAAUCCCGUUAAAGAACUUCAGAGACAAAGUCCGGUUGAGGAUGAGACUGCAUGUGGAAGUGCAAACAAGAAUGACAAUUUACAAGUCACAUUAAAGAGCGCAAGUAUAGAUCAGAAAAUUUCCACGAAAUCUACGGACAUGGUAGUAAUACCACCACUAUCGUCCGUAACCAAGACUGAUAUAAUCGAACAACGUAGGCCUCUGAGUUUGAGGAGACGAUCCGAAGACAAAAUAGUACCCGGAUGUAUCUCUAGGGGCGAGUCACCGGAUCCGGAAAUGGCAACAUAUUUUCUCACACCAAAGAUGUCGGCUAGUACUGCAAGCACCUUACAAUCAGUGGCCGAUUCCGCAAAGGAAGAGGACGAAAUACUUACCGUUUCCGUAGAAAACAUUCCUUAAUACGCGGUAUAACUUUAUAAUAUUGUACCAAGUAUGUACAUAUUGCAAAUUUACAUAAAUAUAUGUAAAUUUGCGAUACGAAAGUAUGUUACUUCAAUAGAUAAUAGGUAAGCGUUACACAUUUUUCAACAAAUUAUCUUCAUUUUACAUUUUUUUUAUGUUUGCAUAUAGAGGUAUAUUUUUAUGCGAGAGUAUAAUGAUAUGGUUUUGUUUUUCUCCUGUUCAUUACCUUUUUCUUUCUUCUACGAGUACAGAUAAGUCGCGUUUUUUAUGAAUAUAUGUUGCUACAGCAGUACAUGCUGAUGCUAUCAGAUAUUCAACCAAAGAUUAAUUCAUCUAGCUAAUGGACCGUCGUUUAUGUUAUUCUUACGUUAUAAAAUAAUACUUGUUAAUGAUAUCGAGGAGCUGCGUUCUCGUAAUUUUUUAUUUUUAGAGUUGCCAUUUAACAAUAAAUAUUUAAAAUAAUUUUGAUAUCACUAUUUUUUCAAUUAAACUUUCAAGUAAAACCUAUCAUAUUUAAAGAACUUCCUUGCAAUUAUGUCAGUAAUGAUACGACAGAUUAUUUUUCAUUUUGACUGAAUAAAUUAAAUAGUAAAACGAAAUUUUUUACUUAUAUGACAUACUAAUAAUGAUUAUAUAACGUGUAACAGAGCAACAGUUUUUAAUGUAUAUUCUUAACAAGUAGAGUAGUGCAGUUACUAAGUAUUUUUCUGGCAAAUACGCGACUAUAAAUGCAAAUAGUAUAAAUACAUAUUCAUAAACUGUUGUAUAAUGUUCGUUAUAAAAUUAAGUAAAACCUCGAUGAAAAAAUAGAAAAACAUUAUACGCAACACGAGUCGGUCAAGCAUUGUAAAAAGAUCACCUUGACAUUGGCAGUAAUAUAAAUGCCUAAAACUCUAAGAAAGAGUUGCAUUUUGUGUAUGUUCAUUGCAUUAUUUUCAUAUAUGUAUAUUAUACACACAUUAAAAUUAUCUAUUACAUAUAUAUAUAUAUAGAAUUAUGAAA